AUGAUAGACACUCUAGAGAUCGCUGUCCAGCCAGAGAAGCAACUUGUGGGAAAUGUUUGGUUUGGAGGUAAGAAACCUCCUCUGUUGGUGUGCUCCUGUGCCAAAGUUGAACCACCCAAACUAUUCUGCAAUUUAACUCCAGAUUGUAAGCCAAUAGCCACAAAACCACGACGUUACUCAGAUGAAGAUAUGCAAUUUAUAAAACAAGAAAUGGAAAGACUACAGACUGAGGAGAUCAUUGAACCUAGUUCGUCACCUUGGCGUGCACAAGUGUUGGUUGUUACAAACGACAAAGGGAAGAAGCGACUGUGUGUGGACUAUUCGCAAACGAUAAACAAAUUUACUCUGUUAGACGCCUAUCCCUUACCAAACAUAGAUGAUCUAGUAUCCACUGUAGCGACGAACAAGGUUUUUAGUGCCAUUGAUCUAAAGCAAGCAUACUAUCAAAUACCAAUUUCUGACGAAGAGAAGAAGUACACUGAUUUUGAGGCUGCUGGUCGUCUUUUUCAAUUCAGAAGAAUCCCAUUUGGCGUAACCAAUGGGGUGGCAUGUUUUCAAAAUACCAUGGACCAAAUCAUUAGAAAAGAAAAACUGAAUGGAGUGUAUGCCUAUCUGGAUGAUUUGACCGUAUGUGGAAAGGAUCAAAAGGAUCAUGAUGAGAAUCUAAGAACAUUUUUAGAUGCUGUAACUAAGUAUGGACUUGUAAUCAACAACGAAAAGAGCAAGUUCAACCAGUCUUCAAUAACCUUGUUGGGACAUUUAGUUUCCCAUAACUCUAUUCGACCUGAUCCAGAUCGGCUAGAAUCUCUACUGUCACUUCCUGUGCCCAAAGACCAAGUUUCACUAAAGCGACUCCUAGGAUUUUUCGCUCACUAUUCAAAAUGGAUACAUCGGUUUUCUGAUAAAAUAAAAAACCUGACACAAGUCAAUUCUUUUCCUUUGUCACAGGAAGCGGUUGCAGAUUUUGAAGCCCUCAAACUUGACAUUGCAAACUCAGUAAUUACUCCUAGGAAUGGGCAAGAGCCACUGGUAGUGGAGACUGACGCAUCUGACAUAGCCGUGGCAGCAACUUUGAGUCAAGAUAAUCGACCAAUUGCUUUUUUCUCACGGACUCUAAACAAAUCUGAGAAGCUGUAUUCAGCUGUUGAAAAAGAAGCCGUUGCCAUUGUCGAAGCCCUUCGAAAAUGGAAAUCAUUUCUUAUCGGAAGAGACUUCAGAUUAUACACGGAUCAGCAAGCUUUAUCAUUUAUCUUUGACAAGAGGUAUACGAGCAAAAUCAAGAACGAUAAAGUUAUCAGAUGGCGACUAGAGCUAACACCUUAUCAAUAUGAAAUAGUGUACCGACCUGGUAGGGAGAAUGUAAAAGCAGAUACGCUCUCUCGGGCAUAUGCGGUUCGCUGGGACAAUGCUAAGUUGUUUGAAUUACACAAAUCUCUCUGCCAUCCGGGAGUCACUCGAAUGUUUCAUUGGAUUAAAACUAAAAAUCUAAACUACACUCUGGAUGAUGUAAAAAGGAUGACGUCAGCUUGUCAAACAUGUGCAGAAGUGAAGCCAAGAUUUCACCAAUUCCAAGGCAAAUUGAUAAAGGCAACCACUCCCUUCGAACGUCUAAAUUUUGACUUUAAGGACCCUCUUCCAUCAACAACCAGAAACCGUUACCUUUUAACCAUGGUGGACGAGUAUUCUCGUUUUGUAUUUGCUUACCCCUGUAAGGACAUUAGUUCAGCAACAGUUAUCAGAUGUUUUCCAGAUCUAUUUUUUAUGUUUGGAGCCCCGUCCUUUGUACAUUCAGAUAGAGGUUCAUCUUUCAUGUCGCGAGAGCUGACGGACUUUCUUCACAAGUACGGAGUAGCUACAAGUCAUACGACACCUUAUAACCCUAGAGGGAACUCUCAGAUUGAACGCUUCAAUGGAACAAUAUGGCGAACCAUCCUACUAGCUUUGAAAAACCACAACCUGCCAGUUGCUGCGUGGGAAGAAGUAUUACAGGAGGCACUUCACUCAGUCAGAUCUCUUUUAUGCACUGCGACAAACUGCACACCGCACGAAAGAUUCUUUAUACAUAGCAGAAGAUCUACCAAUGGAGACUCCUUACCAUCUUGGCUAUCCGCUCCUGGUCCUGUCCUGCUUAGAAAGUUUGUAAGAUCUAAUAAAUAUGAUGACCUUGUGGAGCCAGUUCAACUUUUGGAAUCAAAUCCACAGUUCGCUCUCGUCAGAAGAAGAGAUGGGUCAGAAUCACAAGUAUCCCUGAGACAUCUUGCACCCGCUGGCCUACCUCCUGGUGAUCUACCUCAUGAUGACAACACUACUGAGAGAGAGAUUGUUGAAAAUAUAAAUUCAGACAUUUACCACAAUGAAGUUCAAAAUGAAACUCAACAAACGGGUGUGCGCAGGCUUCAUAACACCGCAGAAGCGACACGUUGCCCUGACUUCCUCUGCUGGUUCACACGCCUCAAGUUGAAGGUUCAAGCAUCAUUGCAACUCUUCUUCUUGAAGCAUCACUUCUGCUAA